AUGGCUCCUGCUGUGGUCUGGAACAUUCCUCUGGGCUUCAGUAAUGACCUCCUAAUGGCACUAAUGAGCCUCCACAGAGGAGCUCGGCUCCACAUGGCUGAUUGUAAUGACAUUUUGUCUUUCUCCUCCCCCUCCCUUCUUGCCCUGCCUGCUCUCUCUCACCUUGAUGCUGUUGUAUGUGGAGGUGAGUUAUCCAUGGGCGAUUUCCAGGACCCCUUCCUCGUCAGCGUCCACCUCAUCGCAGACCCCGGCCAGGGAAAGUUCCUUCAACGAGCUGCUGAUGCCGUGCUGGCGUGGGUUCACCCUGAGCUGCAGCUCUUCAGAGUCUCAGAGCGGGCCUCCGUCUCCCAGCAAACCCGACCAAAGCACAACCAAAACGGCCUCCUAGAAGUAGCCUGCCAGCCGUCCAUGGCGGUCAUCCUCUUCCUCCAGGAGGGAUACGGCGGUGAGGAGCAGAUCCUGAUGCUGCACCACGCCCUGCAGAACCCGCCCUGGAGCUACCACCACACCGAAAGAGUCAGCAACGGACGACGGAUGCUGCCUUUGUCCCCAUGCAGUCAGGACUUCUUCACUCUGUCUCCUGGAACGCCGCUAUGGGCUGUGCGUCAGGUGCAUUACGGGAAAGAAAUUGUGCGAUUUACAGUUUAUUGCAGACAUGAAAACUAUGUGGACAUGGUGCGGCUUUACAGGCUGCUGCUUCAGCGGAGAGUCGCGCAGAAGAAGGAGGACUUUUGCUUCUUCGUCGUUUACUCAAACCCGGAGAUGGAGAUCCAGCUGUCGUUUAAGAGACUCCCUCGAGGUGAGAGUCCCAUGGUGCUGGACUCAGCCGUGAUGGAGGUGAGGGUACGAGAUGUGGGGGCGCUGGUGCCCCUGCUGCCUCACACCUGCAGCCCAAUCAGUGAGGUCCGUUGGCAAACAGAGGACUACGAUGGAAAUAAGAUCCUUCUGCAGGUUCAGGGCUCACACUUCAAACACUAUCAAGAUCCCUCCUACUUAUCCCCCUCGAUCACUGAAUCAGCCUCGGCUCCAUCCACCUUCACCCGCAGCUCCGCUUCCUCCAAGACCCGCAGACACCACCACCACCGGUCUUCAUCCCGCCCUAGAGUCCACCAGACCCCCCACAGCUCCCACACCCUGACCUUUGAGGAGCUGGACGAAGAGGAGCAGUGGACGGACCGCCACUAUCCCGACAGCUGGAGGACUGAGUGGAGGGGCCACAGAUCCGGAUCCCUCUUCUCUCUACCAAACCUGGGCUCAGGGAGCUCCCACUCCACCUGCUCCUCCCCUGGUCCCUCUCCCAGCCUCCAUCACAGGACCCACUCCUUCAACAGACGCGGCUCCCUUAUCCCGCCAUUUAAGCUCAAUGUGGACGCUCUGGUCGGGGCGGAGGAGACGGAUGUGGACACAGGGGACAAAGUAAACCCGGGCAGCAACGUGGACCUCUCAGUGGUGUCUGCAUACAUCAAAUCCAGCCUGCCACAGACUCCUCGGCCGUCAUCGGCACAGUCAGAUGACUUCAGAAGCUCAUUUUCUCCCUGCAUCCCGGAGAACAUUUAUAAAUCAGCCUCAUUCAGACGAACUCCAAACAGCUUCAGCAACAGCAGCACUCCCUCCACCCUGAUAGGGUCUUGUAUGAGCAGCCCCAGUAUCAGCCCAACUGCUGCUCCGUCUCUGAGCGAUGUGUCCAUAAACCACUUGGACAGCUGCAGCAUUAUGAGCGCACAGAUAGAAGAAGAAGAAGAAGAAGAAGAAGAAGAAGAAGAAAAGGUGAUAGAAGAGGAAGAACAAGAAUUCUACAUUUGAUUUAUGUUGUAAGCUGAGAGGACUCACUCUGUCCAGUACUGACACAGCUCUACUCUGCCCCCUGGUGGUGAAACUUGAGUGAAGCAGAAACUUUUUUUUAUGUUCUUGUGUAUUAGUGAGUGUUGAUCUUUUUGCGUGUAGAUUUAAGCUUUAAAGCUCUAUGUUUGUAAAAGCAGACACACAUUUAAAGGUCAAAUAAGAACUGUUACAGAUAUACUCUCAAUAAAUGUGCUUGUGCGACACACAACCGUUUCAACGUAACUUUAAAACUUUUCCUGUCAAAAAAGCUCCAUCGAUUAUUCCAUGAAUUGAUUAGCUGACAAAUAAUAAUAAUAAUAAUGAAUCAGUUGAAUAGUUUUUCAUUCAGCUUUCAAAAUUCUCAAAUUUCAACUUUUCAGUAUUAAAUGAAAUAUUGAAAAGUCCUCCGUGACAUUGAACUCAAUAUAUUCCUGUUGUUUCCACAUAAAUCACGCACUACUUGAGGACGCCCUCUGAUUGACAUUUGAAGCCUUUUAUGAUCUAAACAUGUGUCUGUUUUAUUGGGGAAAUUAUUGAUGAAUUGAUCUAUAAUGAAAAUAGAUACUGUUGGUUGCUGCCCAAGGUUAUGACAUUUUUAUAUUGCAUAUUUAUUUUGUUUAUAAUGUUCUUUUUUUAUCCACUCUUAUGAUAAAAGCUUUAAUUGGAGCAUAUAAAAUGCUUCAUUAAUAUUUGAAUAUCUGUUGUGUUUGCAGUGAGUCGCUGGAACAUCUAAAUAAUAAUCGACCGCAGGUUAGAGUCUGAAGGCUUCAAGUAGCUUCUCUUCUUUUACUGUUAUUACAGCUACGUUAAAAAAAAACAGAUUAUUUAUUAUUGCAUGCAGAAUCCUUGAAGGUUUGUAAAUAAAGAAACGAGGACAAUGAAAGUGGUUUGCUGACACCUCUCUGCAGCUUCAGCAGCUUAACUUUGAGUUUGAGUUUCAACAUGACACACUCUGACCUGAAGUGUGUGUGUGUGUGUUUAAAAUGUGUCUGUGUUGAUUCAUGAAAUGAAACAUUACUAUUUGCAAUUUGGGUUUAAGA